CAAGCAGUGCACCGCUUCUUGUCCUAGAGACGGCCGUUGCAAGGGCGCCACUACAUCUGGAAUCGCCGAGCACGUUAACGCGGGCACGCCCCAUCACAGCUUUAAACAACCUAAGAUUAAGGCUAUCGACUACAUAGCUUUUAGGAUAGUUCAUCUCACAGCGACCUACUACGAGUGUCAACUGGUCGAUACACAAGACUUGGGAGCACCGACGCAUGCCAGUGUCGCUACUAUAACGGCUUGGAGGACUCGGUCAAAGGCGGCUACUCCUGCCAGGCUUGCCUGAGGCGAACCUCGCUUCGGAGUCGAAAUUCGUCGCUGCGCUACCUCGCGCACCAACUUCUGGGGCGCCUUGGCACUGUCAGCUACCAGAGGUACAGCAUGAAGCGGCAAAGGCAGACAGGGCCAAGCUCCGAAGUCCACGUCGGCGGGCCACACGUGCCGACUGACACGGAACCGUCCGAGGCCUCCCCGAUGAAGAGGUCCUCGCGCAUUGCCGCGCGUCGCCUUGCGGCGGCCGAGGCGGCCGACGCGGACUCUGGUAGCGGCAGCAGCACGCCAACCGCCAUGCAGCGCCGCCACAACGCCACAGUGCGUGCGGCCCCCAGCACCCCAACCGCGGAGGGCCGCGCCUCGGGCUCCCCACAGCCCGGGGCUCGGUCCACAGCUUUCCAGGGCGCUUGCUGGGACCCAUCGGCACUACCACCUGCACUGCUACCGCUGCCAUAUGGAACCAUCUCACAACCGCAACAUCAGCUGCAACAGCAGCAACAGCAGCAGCAGGCGUCCAUCCCUUCCCAGCCGUGGCGCCAACAACAGGACUCUAGCGACAUGCUGGCGCCGCUACAGCAGCUGCCGCCGUCUACAGAAGUCGCAGCUCCUGUUGGAGUGGGCAGCAACGUCGGCAGCAGCACAUUGCCAGGAUGGCUGGCGCAGACACCGCCAGGCGCUUCCGCCGCACCAUACCUGCCAAGUUGGGGCAGCUCUGGAAACCCUGAGCGCGCCGGCAUGAGUGGAACUGGCGGUGGCAGCGGGCUGGGUGAGCAGCCUUGGAGCUGCCAGACGGAUUCAGCGCAGAACUUCAGCGAGGCUCUACAGCCGCCGCUGCUUCCGUUCAAGCGGCUGUCGUUGUGUGGCUCUCCCCAGGUGCCAACAAAACAGCUGCAACAGCGGGGCCAGCAGCACGUAGGAGCAACAGCAGAAGGCAGCACGGCGUGGGGCCGCCUGAACGGCGGGGGAUGGGAGGCGGGGCCGAGCGCGCCCCCAGCAUCACAGACCCUUCAGGGCUGGCCGCAACAACAUCCGCAGCUGAUGCAGUCGCAGCCGCAAUCACAGUUGCAGCCGCAGCACCCGAUGCGCCCCCGGGGCACAGGCCAGUUGCAGCUGUGCGACAGCGGCACCAGCUCCGGCUUCAGCUGCGGUGGCAGGAGUGACAUGGGCAUGUGCACGGAGGCAGGCUCGGGCUACAACCGCAGCAGCCGCAGCGACAGCAGCGGCAGUGACCGGAACUUCUUUGUGUGCGGCAGCGGCAACAAGCCUGCUGCUGGGCAAGACGCAGCUAAACACGGACUCAGCUACCCAGGCCUAGCCGAUAGCCAAGGGUGCAACAGCAACGGCAAUGCUCAGACACUGUUUUCAUGGCCAGAGCGCGCCUCCAAUGAUGUCGGUUUGCGCAGUUCGCUGCUGCAGCCGCUCACACCUGCGCGCGACAACGCCGGCCGCUUCGGUGGUGUUGACAACUUCCGGGGCCAAGGCGGCGGCAUGGAGGAGGAGGACGAGAUUGCCCUGAUGCACCGCGCGCACGAUGCCUUCGUGUGUGACGGUGGGGCCGAGGGCGGUGCGUUUCUGGCCGCGCUGCUGGUAGUGAGUGAGCGGAGGGGCGGCGUGGAGCGGCUCUGAAGAUGCACAACGCUGACUGGCGAUCUGCCGAUGAUGCGCACGCUAGCUGGGCCACUCCUGCUGCGCGUUGGGCCUCGGUGCCCCUGGCUGGGGCUGGGGCUGGGACGACUGCAGCUGCCAGAUGUACAAGGUAGAUUGACAAAUGUUAUGCAUGCGCUGGAUGGCGGGCCGGCAGGGUGGCUCCACACGCACUCAAACACGUGUACAUACGGUACUGCGGCAAGCAAGUUGCAAUUGUUGCAAUGGCCCUCGCGGGUGCGCACAGGGCGACACUUAGGGCCCGUAACAGGCGUCUUACUUGUGCAUGCAUGCGCCGCUUGAGUAAGUAAACAAUGCGGUGUCUGGCAGGUGCUUGCUUGUAUGAUAAGGGGUUUGGCCUCGCAAUGAAGUUUUGUUGGGCUAAGAGUCAUGAUGCUGCUCUGCUCUGCACGGCACCGCGCACAGCGGCGGCAAGUUUUUCCCCUGGACGCAUGGCAGGUACGAACCGACCCCGGCUAUGUCCGGGAGAUGAGUUAGACGCUUGCGGCCUCAGACUAGAGAGUGGCGUGGGCUCAGCCCAUUUUUCCCUUGCGAGGAAAAACCACAUAAUGGUGUCCCGGGGAACGAGGGCACGAUGUCUGUGUGGGCGUGGUCAAGCAAGGGCGCGCGUGGUUACCUCGCAUGGUGUGGCGGUGAGCAAGGGAUGUACUGAACUCAUUCCAAUCCCACCCCCCGUACACGUUCCUGUACACGUGUUUGCAAAGUCUGGCUAGGACGGGAUUCAUGACGGAUUAGUUCGCAGUGCGCACCCCACGUGCGCCCGUGUGACCGAUGAAUAUUGUACCGGAUGCCACGGACGCAUGUGUACCGUAUGCAGACUCGCACAUGCGUUUCAUGCUGUUGAAUACGAGCGGGCGCCUCAGCACAGUUGGUUAGAUGCGUCCAAACGGGCGUGUGGAGCGUGCCAGGCAAUGUUCUUGGCAUUAAUAUUCAUCUAGAUCAGUGUGCGCAUUGAGCAAUUCAAUGAGUGUCGUAGAGUGGACUGGUUGGGGUCGUGUCGCCGGAAAGGCACGCAACAGUACAUGGCAGCUAGUCUGCUUAUCAUGAAGACACACUUAACGAGCAAGUAUGCGCACAGGAGGCAUGAAGGAUGGGGACAUGAGAGUUGAGCCUGGUUGAGCAGCGGCAGGAACCUUGAGGUAUCAGGGCGUGGGCCUGCGGGCAUGCGCAAAUAGUCACGGCAGUCCACGCUAGAUGGAGCUUCGUGUCCGCGGGAGCGUCAUGAGUGGCAAAAGGUAUAAACUGUGACCUCCAGAUUCUCGCAAGCAGUCAGGUUAUGCCCAGGAACGGCGCUCCCAAGGUCGCUCCCGUCCGGAAGUUUGCCUUGGGGCCGCUUCUCACUUUUUUCUCUCUUGACAUUGAGCCAAGCAGCUAAGGCAGGCCAAUUUGAUUGUGUUGCCGAUGGCACUACAAAAGUAGGAAAACGGCAAGAAACGGGCACUCGGCAAGAUGGACGGGGGCGAUAAAAUGCGGAACCGGUCGAAUCCUGCGUGCCAAAUCACUCCGGA